UUCCCGGCUUGUUGACGCGGAGGCGGCGCCAUGACGGAGGCCUCCCGGGCGAAGUACUCUGUGCUGCUGCCGACCUACAACGAGCGGGAGAACCUUCCCCUCAUCGUCUGGCUGCUGGUCAAGAGCUUCCAGGAGAGUGGAAAUGAAUUUGAAAUUAUAAUCAUAGAUGACGGAAGCCCAGAUGGGACACAGGAAGUUGCUGAGCAGUUGAUAAAGAUUUAUGGAUCAGAUAAAAUUAUUUUAAGACCCAGAGAAAAGAAACUUGGAUUGGGGACUGCUUACAUUCAUGGGAUGAAGCAUGCUACAGGAAGCUUCAUAAUUAUAAUGGAUGCUGACCUUUCACACCACCCCAAAUUCAUUCCAGAGUUUAUCAGAACACAGAAAGAAGGUAAUUUUGACAUUGUGUCUGGAACUCGAUAUAAAGGAAAUGGAGGUGUACAUGGAUGGGAUUUGAAACGAAAACUAAUCAGUCGAGGUGCAAACUUCCUAACUCAAGUUCUACUGCGGCCAGGUGCAUCUGACUUAACAGGAAGCUUCAGAUUAUAUAGAAAAGAGGUCUUACAAAAACUGAUGGAGAAGUGUGUUUCAAAAGGAUACGUUUUUCAAAUGGAAAUGAUUGUCCGAGCAAGACAACUUGGCUACUCUAUUGGAGAGGUUCCUAUAUCAUUUGUGGACCGAGUCUACGGAGAAUCUAAAUUAGGAGGCAAUGAAAUAGUUUCCUUUCUAAAGGGACUUCUGACGUUGUUUGCAACUACAUAAUGAAGAUCUUUCUCCCUACAUUCCAUGUAACCUUAAAUUGGAUUGAGUAAUUUAUUUUUAUAUCUUGUUAAGUUUCCUUGUGGCUGUAGAUACCAAACCACUGUGAAUUUCUGAUUUGAAAGAGAACAAGGACAGCAUGUACAUCUGUGGACUUAUUUAUUGACUGUGAAUAAUGAUCACUGAGUAGUGCUGAUUAUUCUAAUAAUAAUAAAUUCACACACAUACACCA